ACGGCGGAACAUUGGACAGGGCGAUGCUGUUUAGUCAGCAGCACCACUCGACCAAUGCCAGAUGACUGCAGCCUGAUCUCAACGGAAGUCGGACCCUGCAGCCUGACUCGCAGUGCCAGCGCGACGAGGCUUGACAAGGCUUGGCCAAAAUUAUUCCAGCGCAGCCAAAUCGGGGCAGAGAAACUCUGGAGUCGAGUCUCUACACGCUUCAAUUGCGCGCCACAUGUCGCAACGAUUUGAAUCCCAACGUGCGGUAAAUGCCUCGAUGGGCAGAAUAUGAUGAUGCUAGCGAGUCUCGAACCGCUACCAUUGGGGCCAAACGAAGCUCCUCUCGCCAUCAAGGUCAAGUCCAUUCCUCAACUCAGUCUCCAGUCCACUCCGAAUCUGUUUCUCCGAGCGACCGCGCCGUGAUGGGCAAUUCUCCCUCGCACUAUAUCCAGGAGCAUCUAUCCCCCGUAGCAGAGCAGUUUGACUCUACUGAGCGCUACGGCUCCGAGAACGGCAUGAGUCCUGAAGCCCAGGGCUUGGGCAAUAAUCGCCUUGCCACUGGCUUUCGUAAACCUCGAGUUGCUCUGUCCACAGAGCCAGUCUCUGGAUCGGAUGCACAUGACAGCGCUUACGACAAUGCCGGGGACGGUGACAGAUCCCGUCGCGAUACCAUUGAAAUCUCCUCCGACGAGGAUGAAUCAUCUGACAACGGAGGAAUGGUCAUCAACCUAGACGAUGAUGAUGAUGAUGAAGAGGACGCUAGAAUACCUGAUGCUAUGGUCGUUGAUGAUGAUGAGGAGGGCGAGGUCUUUUCAUCUGAGGACGAAGCGCUCGAGUCACACUCGCUCGUUAGAGAUAUCUCCCAUUCCAUCACCUCUGCACAUCAAGAUGCUCACCAGCAGCUACAGGCCGAGCUCGAGCAAAUUACCGAUUCCCUACCCACAACAUACCCGACGCCUCCACCGGCAGAAAAUGGGCAACCAGGUCGCCGUCGCCUGGCGGAUUUGACUCCAGACGAAUUGGAGCUGCAAUUGAAGUAUGCUCUGUUCGACGUUAGCCACGAUCAGGUCGACCUUCGUCGUCCGGCCGUCUGUCUCAGCUGUUUGCAGGAAGGUCACGUCGAGGAGAAAUGUCCCGAAAAGAUGUGUGUAUACUGUGCAGAAAUUGGUCAGCAUCCCAGCCGGCUCUGCCCUCGAGUCCGUCGUUGCUCUAGGUGUCGGGAGCGAGGACAUUCCUCAGACGCAUGUCCGUCGGACAUGAGGAUAACGACUGUGCCAUGUGAUCUCUGCGGAGCGUAUGGUCACCAUGAACAUACAUGCCCACAGCGUUUCUUCCCUUUCGAGAGUGUGGCUAAGACUAGCUCACUGAACCUGUGGGUGUCUUGUUGUGUCUGUGCCAGCAAUUCCCAUCUGGUCGGUGAUUGUCCAGACGCAGAUCGGGCCGCCACGGUCAAAUGGUCGUUGAAAUCGUUCGCACCUGCACAGAUCACCAAUCUUACCACUGGAGAUGAAGCGAUCCAACGUGCAAGGAUAGCUGCUACCCGCGGCCUUCGACCCGAGGGGCUUCAAAUUAGAGGCCGUGCGGGCCGCCACACUGCGGGCUUCUCUGCUUCAGCUCAGCCGUCUGGCAGCGAGUACGAGGAGGAUGAUAGCAGCGACGGGGAGUUUCUCGGUGGUCCGCGGGUAAACACACGUAGCCAGCCGAACCGGGGGCGGGGUGGUUUCACGUUUCGCCAUCCUCAAAGACUUCCUGGCAACGCGUCUGACCGUCCCCGUGAUGGCCAAGAUGACCGCUACAAUCCAGCGGCCAAUCGUCCGCGAAACAACUGGUAUGCCACGGACUCUUUUGGUCGGGCCCGCCCGCGGUCCCAGCCAGUCGCGAAUAAUCGGAACGGAGACCCUUGGAGUCGUAGAGAUGGUGACUCGAGAAGGCGUUCCCGCUCGCCACGUGGGUUUGAUGGGUACCAACCACGCCAGCGACGAUCACCUUCUCCACGCUACCACAACGGCUCCCAUCCAUCUUCUGCGGGAUCAUCAAGGGCCCCUACCGGUAGACGUGGCGGCGGGUCUAGUCAGCUGAAGCCGGGCGUGCCUAUCCAGUUGCCAGUCCGGAGAGGAUCGAGCAACUUCUCAAACAAUGACUCUCUCCCGCCGCGGCCGCCUCAAGCCUCCGGGCCUGGGCCUGGACCUGGACCAAAUCAAGCGGGGAAGAAUGGAAAGGCUGGACCCAAGAAGAAAAAGUCCAAGAAGGGCAAGGGAAAGGCAAAUGCUUAGGAAGCUAGCUCUCUUCAGAUACCUUUCCGAAAUGCCCAAAGCCACCGUUGUGACGACCAUUAGCAAUGACAAUGAGAAGAUGAAACAAUGCAGUGGUGUAGAGGGAGAAAAUGGUCAAGAAGGCCCAUGUACCUUAUGUUGCUGCGACCGAUGACCAACUCGAACUCAAACCGGUUCGCUAGUCACGGCUUGAGCUAGCAUAUCGGCUUUUGGGGAGUGUACGUCUACAUCGAGGCUUCUGGAGAGACGACCUUGGGACACUAUGAUGUUGACUUACGGGUAAUGUUGUUUUCCUUUGGUUACUAGUCUCCAGUGGCGAUGGCCGAGUCCAUUUCGUCAGCGAGAAAAGGUCUCCUCUCCAUUCGCAAGUGGUGACGGUUGUUUCGCCUGAGAAAAACAAGAGCGAAAGAAAACUGCAUGGUCAAGAGGCCGGGCAUUGUAGUAUUUGUUCCUGGCCCAACUAGGCCAAGAGACUUGACUACAUAGGUAGAAAGAGAGCCGCGUCGCUGUUUGGAACUUGACGAACGAAGUUCUCUUACUUAUCCUUUCUUUGAGUCCUCUGCCGCUGCGUUGAAUGAAUACCUUUAGCAUGCUCUCCUACCCCACUGUCGUCGCGGCAGUCCCAUGAAAUUCAUUAGCGCGAAUCAAUCAUCC